AUGUAAUAACAAGUACACAAUAAAGAUAGAGAAAAAAUAGAGUUGUAUUUUUCAGGCAGAGGGUUAGCUGACAAGGAUGUAUUGUCUUAAAGUGAUCCUUAAUGCUAUAUCUAUCUGAAGGAAGGAUAGCAAGGAUAGGAACGCUUAAUUGGCAAAACCGAAGUUAAAGAUAACAAUCUCAAUCCUGAUUGGAAGACAUCAGUUGUAUUGGACUUUAUAUUUGAAAUCAAUCAGUUUUUGAGGAUUGUUGUCAUGGAUCAUGAUGGGAAGAAUGUUGAAAAUGAUGACAUUAUAGGUUCUUUAAAUACAACUAUUGGAGCAGUAAUGGGAUCCAAAAAUCAAAUAUAUAUAGGAUAACUAACUCAUAAUAAUAAAAAGACAGGCAGAUUGAUUAUUAAAGCUGAUAAAAGAAAGGAUAUUGGAGAAGAGAAUUAAAUGAUUUAUUGGUAAUGGAAUGCCACUAAAGUUAAAAAUAUGGAUGGCUGGUUUGGUGUUUCUGAUCCAUUUCUGAGAUUUCUAAAGUGGCAUUAAAAUAGUGAUUGGCUAUUAGUACAUGAAACGGAAUUUAUCAAGAACAAUGAAAAUCCAACAUGGAAACCAUUUGAAAUACCUCAUGAUAAAUUGCAUGAUGAGAAUCCCUAAUAACCAUUUAAAAUUGAACUUUGGGAUAACUAAACAAAUGGAAAACAUUAGUUCAUUGGAGCAAUUGAAGUUACAAUCGAAUAAAUAAUCUUUAAGGAAAUCUAUUAAUUUGUAGUUAAGACACCAAAAGGAGAUCUUGGUGGAAAUUUAGGAGUGAAAUUUAUUGAUAAAAAGACUUUUGAUCUUUAAAUGAAAGAUAAGCAUACAUUUAUUGAUUAUUUAAAAGGAGGAGAUUAAAUUAAUCUAAUUAUAGCUAUUGAUUUUACAGGUUCUAAUGGCAAUCCCUCAUCUCCUGGUUCUUUACAUUAUAAUGACCCUGAACAUUUAAAUUAAUAUUAAAAUGCGUUAAAAUAAGUGGCUGAAAUUUUAUUAAAUUAUGAUUAUGAUAAGAAGGUGCCACUUUAUGGAUUUGGUGGAGUACCAUCAUUGCCUAAUUUUAAAAAAAGUAGUGUAGAACAUUGCUUUCCUCUAAAUGGCAAUAAAUCUGACCCUGAAGUAUAUGGAUUGGAUGGCAUAAUGAGUACAUAUUCAAAUGCUCUUAAUCAUAUUGAUUUAAGUGGCCCAACUAUAUUUGGCCCAGUUAUAGAAAAUGCUAUUGAAAUUUCAAAGGCCAAUCUUAAAAAAGAUAUUUAUUCAGUUUUACUUAUAAUGACAGAUGGACAAAUAGAAGAUAUGAAUCAUUGCUUAAACCUUAUUAAAAAAGCUUAUCGAUUACCUUUAUCAAUUAUCAUAGUUGGAGUUGGCAAUGCUAAUUUUAAUAUGAUGGAAAAAUUAGACGGGGAUGAUGCUUAACAUGAAAGAGAUCUUGUUUAGUUUGUUCCUUUUAUUAUACAUUCUCAAUAGCCAGGUGAUUUAGCAAAAGAACUUUUAGCCGAGUUACCUGAUUAAUUUUUGAUAUUCAAAAAAUUGAUUGGUAAGAAUCCAAAUCCAUCUAAAGAUAUUGAUUUAAGUUAAAUUAAUUGA